UGGUUCCUAUGCUGAUAGUUACAAAAGUUUAUUUUUUUGUGACUGUUUAUAUCACUUGCCUGGUUGCCCUCCUGAACAGUUUGGCAGGCUCGUCAUGAAGCUGGAGGUGCCAGAAAGCUUUGAAGAUGUUGCUGUUGAGUUUUCAGGAGAGGAGUGGAAGUUGCUGAGUGAAGAACAAAAAGAGCUACACAGAGAGGUGAUGGUACAGAACUACGAGAACAUGAUUUCUGUAGGGUAUAACAUCCCUGUGGGCCACCUUUGCCUGUUUAUUAAGAGUGAUGAGAUCAUUCUUCUUUCACUGCUAUCUGAUGCAACUACGGCGCAGGAAAAGCGACAUCCUGGUAACGGUAUCAGCAUUGGAAGGAAUACAGGUUUCAUUGGGACCUGUGGAUCACAGUCACCAAAUGGACAACACCAUGAUGCAGAAUGCGAUAGAGCUUUCAUACACAAGAUGUUUAUCACAAGUCAAGACCCAACGCAGACUGAAAUCCGACAUAAUAACCAUUUGGAACAUAAUGAAUCGGUUAUCAAGAAAACUGAAGCAGGAAUGCAUCUGCAAACUAGUGAGAGUAAUAGGUUAACAAUUCAUAGUUGCAACUUAACUGAUCAGUUAAGUCGCAGUGGAAAAAGACAAAAUAAUACCGCAACAACACGGGAGCAAACAUUCAGCAGCGAGAACGUGUAUAAAUGCAGCAAGUGUUUGGUGAGUAAAACGAAAUUGCUACAUAAGAGAACUCAUACAAGACAGAAUGGGGUCAAUUCCCAUCGUAGUGUUAGUAACCCAAAACAUUUGGAGAAAUUGAAAAAGCAGAAAACCUACAAAUGCACCAAACAUGACAACAGUUUUACAUUUAAAAGUUCUAUGUCUAGCCGUCAGUAUAGCCACACGAGGAAAAAACCUUGUAAAUGCAGCAUGUGUAACAAGAGUUUUACACAGAAAGAAGCCAUGGUAUCUCCUGAUUAUAUCCACACUGGACAGCAACACAAUAAAGGCACUAUGUGUGGCAAAAAUAAACGAACUUUGGUAGUACGUAAGCUUACACACAGUGGGCAGAAAUCCCAUAAGUGCACCGUAUGCGACAAGACAUUUGUGUGGAAAAGCAGCGUAGCACGCCAUCUGUUGAUACAUACAGGGCAAAGACCUUAUAAAUGCACCAUAUGUGACAGGAGUUUUAGACAGAAAAGCGCUGUGGAAAAACAUCAGUAUGUGCAUGCUGAACAAAAGCCCUAUAAAUGCACCAUAUGUGACAAGAGUUUUGCACAGAAAAUUUCCUUGAAAAACCAUCAAUAUAUUCACACCGGGAAGAAACCAUAUAGCUGCGCAUUGUGUGACAAGAGUUUUACGCGUAAAGAAAGCAUGGCAUCUCAUCAUUAUAUCCAUACUGGACAGAAGCCAUUUAAAUGCACAAUGUGUGACAAGACUUUUAGACAGAAAAUAUGUUUGGAAAACCAUCAAUAUAGUCACACUGGGCAGAAACCCUAUAAAUGUUCUAUAUGUGAUAAGGGUUUUACAAUUAAGAGCAGUCUGACAAAGCAUCAGAUUGUCCACACUAGGCAGACACAAAUCAACAAAACUACUUAGAAAGAUAGAUGUCAGAAAGGACCAGGAUCUGUUGUACACUAUUGCAAAUAAUAAACUAAAGAUAUUAGCAUAGUCAGAAAAACUUAGAAGUUAUGCAGAUAAUUAUAAAGGAUGGAAAAAUACAAGAUGAGCAAUUCAUUGAGAACCCCAAAAAGCUUUAGAGACAAUCUGGAAAUGAUGCACAAAAAUGCCACCAAAACAAAAAAGAAUAAAUUGCUACACUUUUUGUCAAAAUCUCUAUGAAGACUCUAUGGACUAUAACAAAAAAGGGUAAGAAUGUCAAAUGUACAGGUUAUGAAAUGGAAUGAAGUAAUGGCCAGAGAAGUUUAAACAAAAUUACAAAAAGGCCCAGAUGCAGUACCUAACUUCUGGCUAAAAGUAUUAACAUCUUUACAGAGUUUUGUCCUCAUCCAUUGCUUUGGUGACUCUCCCAACAUGUUUAAUAGGCAUAACCUUCCUUUAAAGCUGAACGUUGAGUCCAGUGUUUUGCAGGUGUCCUUUAUUUUCCAUUAUGUCAGUGAUGGUUUUCCAUGGCCUUAUAUAUGAGGCUGGUCAGAGUUAGGGACCUGUAGUUACCCAGAUCAGUGGUUGGACUUUGUUUGUGCAAGGGAAUGACUGUAGCAGUCUUCCAUUUAUUGGACACACAACCUGACUGUAGACUACAGUUUAAAAGUGAUUUCAAGUGGACCAGAGCGGUCAUGUCUCAUGUAUUUGGUAAGCAUCUCAAGAUGUUUUCUGAGUCCAUUGAUGCAGUGUUUUUAGGCUUGGAAAGUGCACUGAUGACCUGUUCUGUAGAAAUGGUUGGGGGGAUUGUGGAAUGUGGUAUAGCCUUUGGACUGUUGGGGGAAGUGGGGACACAAAUUUGAGUUGAAUUUAUCAGCCAGAAAGUUAGCAAUGGCAUCUGGUUCAGUGUGGGUAAUGCCCGUUACAAUAAUUUCUGCAUAUUGUUGCAUAUUUCCAUUGAGGUCAUGGACAUAACUGUAGAAAGCUUUGUGGUUGUCCUUUGCCUGAGACGCUAUUUUUUCUUCAAAUUUAUCCUUUGAAGCACUAAUUAUCCCUAUUAGCUGCCUGUUUAGAUUGGUCAGAGGGCUUCUACUAUGUCGAGCUUUGUUUCUCAGACACAUGGACAAGAUUUUAACUGAUUUAAUUUUGUGAUUCCUCCAGGGUGGCUGGCCUUUUCACCUCAUCUUAUAUUUUGUUAAAUAAAGUCAUAAUGGAGAACUGUAUAAAAGAAGAAUCUAUGUAUGGCAUGGAUAAGUUGCAAAAAGCAUUUGACAGUGUCCAAAAGUCAUAGAUAAAGGAUAAAGGAGCGCUUACAGAUGUACAAGAUGCACCCUAAGUUGAUAAGUUACAUUACAGUGACCAUGAAACAGCAGCAAACCUCUUUGCAGCUAAGGCAUAAUAAAGGACAAAUUAUUAUCCCAUGGAUAAAAGUUCAGACAGAGAUAUUCUAGGGUGACUCUUUGUCACAGCUGCUCUUUUGUCUUGCCCUUAACCGAUUAAGCUGUCUGCUUAGGUUAUGGUUUCAGUCUGGCUCCCAGACAACAACAACAA